GCCUCUCUCUCUCUCUCUCUCUCUCUCUCUCUCUCUCUAUAUCUGUGAAUAUAAAAAGUCAUAUAGGACGCUUACUUAAUUACUACUCUCAACGUUUCUUUUAAUUUUCUUCUUCUUCUUGUUCGUCUUUAGCUCUCUCUUCAGUGUCUGCAUUUAAUCUGUAUUCUUGCAUGUGAAAAAGAAGGCAGAGAGUCACUGUUCUCUCUGGUGCAGUAAAGGCAAGGACUGGAGGAGUUAACAAAGUUCAAGAGUUCGUGAGACUUAGGAGGAGUAAUUAUGGCCAAGGAACUGCAAGUGCUUAAUGCCCUUGAUGUCGCUAAAACACAAUGGUACCAUUUCACAGCAAUAGUGAUUGCUGGUAUGGGCUUUUUCACUGAUGCAUAUGAUCUCUUUUGCAUCUCUCUUGUGACCAAACUGUUGGGUCGCUUGUACUACUACAAGGAAGGCUCUCCUAAUCCCGGCUCUCUCCCUUCAAAUAUCUCGGCUGCUGUCAAUGGCGUUGCCUUUUGCGGUACCCUGUCAGGCCAGCUCUUCUUCGGCUGGCUUGGUGACAAAAUGGGCCGGAAACGCGUCUAUGGAAUGACCCUCAUGCUCAUGGUCCUUUGCUCAAUUGCCUGUGGCCUUUCCUUUGGCAAGGAUCCCAAUGCUGUCAUGGCCACAUUAUGCUUCUUCAGAUUCUGGCUUGGCUUCGGCAUUGGCGGUGACUACCCGCUUUCUGCCACAAUCAUGUCUGAGUAUGCCAACAAGAAGACUCGUGGAGCCUUCAUCGCUGCAGUGUUUGCGAUGCAAGGUUUCGGAAUUCUGGCUGGGGGGAUGGUUGCUAUUAUAGUUUCAGCAGCUUUCAAGUUGAAAUACCCUGCCCUGGCUUAUCAAUUUGAUCCAAUUGGCUCCACUCCUGCAGAAGCUGAUUAUGUUUGGCGUAUAAUUGUGAUGUUUGGUGCAAUCCCAGCUUUGCUUACUUACUACUGGCGCAUGAAAAUGCCCGAAACUGCUCGAUACACUGCCUUGGUUGCCAAGAAUGCUAAGCAGGCGGCUGCGGAUAUGUCCAAAGUUCUGCAGGUUGAAUUGGAAGCUGAACAGGAGAAAGUCGAGGACAGAGGACAGGGAAAUGAUUUCGGUUUGUUCUCGAUGCAGUUUGUUCGCCGACAUGGGCUUCACUUGGUUGGAACCACAACUACUUGGUUCUUGUUGGAUAUUGCCUUCUACAGCCAGAAUCUGUUUCAGAAGGACAUUUUCACUGCCAUUGGUUGGAUUCCUAAGGCAAAAGAAAUGAGUGCACUUGACGAGGUUUUCAGAAUUGCCAGGGCACAAACUCUUAUAGCCCUUUGCAGCACUGUGCCAGGGUAUUGGUUUACAGUCGCAUUAAUUGAUAAGAUCGGGAGGUUUACAAUUCAAUUGAUGGGGUUUUUCUUCAUGACUGUCUUCAUGUUUGCCUUGGCCAUUCCUUACCAUCACUGGACCUUAAAAGCCAACCGAAUUGGGUUUGUUGUGAUCUACUCCCUCACGUUUUUCUUCGCCAAUUUCGGUCCAAAUGCCACUACAUUCGUCGUGCCGGCAGAGAUUUUCCCGGCAAGGCUAAGGUCAACAUGUCAUGGUAUAUCAGCUGCAGCUGGAAAGGCUGGGGCAAUUGUUGGGGCAUUUGGAUUUCAGUAUGCAGAAAAGGGUAUUGGAGUGAGAAAUACACUUAUAGUUCUGGGUGUUGUCAACUUCCUUGGAAUAGUGUUUACUUUCUUGGUGCCUGAAUCAAAGGGAAGAUCAUUGGAGGAAAUGUCUGGUGAAGCAGAGGAAGAAACUGGGUCUGCAACAGAGUUAAGGCAGCAACCUGGUCAUGACCUUAGAACUGUUACGCUUUAACUAGGCCUUCUCUUUAUCCAAUAUGUUUGUAUUGUCCGGUAGAAUUCCUGAAAGUUGCAUUAGAGGGUACUUUAUGAGCGUUGAGUAAUGCUACUCUUAACACUUAUUUUAUACGGGUUGCCGUUGCAUGUUUUAAGUAACUUUUUGAAAGCUACUUAAAAUACGACACAUCAACAAGUAUAAAAUGGGUGUAAAGAGUAACAUUACUCAUCUAAUGAGGGACUCUUUUACUUCACGUGUAGCCCAAAGAUGGAAUAAGCUCUUACCCUACUGCUUGGUUUGAGAACUAGUAGUGUCUUUGUUGUAUAAUGAGAGGUUAUGAUGUGCUAGUAUAAAGAAAGCUUUAUGGUUUUUCCUCUA